AUGAGUGAUUUGAAAGAUUUUGAUAUCAAGCAGUUGCAUGACAAUAUUUAAAGUUGUUUCUAAUAUUUAGACAAGAAGAUAUAUAGAGCUAUGAAUGUAGCACCAAUUAGCAAUACUAUAGUAAUUGAGAAACCUAAUACAGCCAUUGCUCAUGAUUACAAAGAAUUGCAGCAUCAUGUGAAAUAACUAUAAUUAAAAUAUGAUGAGGUUUGUUACAAGUACAUGCAACUUUUAACAAAAUACUAAAAAAUAAUGAUUACAAUAAAAUUACAACAAGAAGAAAUUGAACAAUAAUGUGAUUUAAUUAAAGAGAUGAAAUUAAUGACUCUUUCAUAGCCAGAAGUAAUAUAGAUACCAGUUUAUGAUUAUUUGAGAGAGUUUACUAGAAAUAAUCAUAGUUAAUUAAGUAAUUUUUUAUAAAUAUUGAUGCAUACUAAAAAAGUGGAUCUUUCUAUGAUUGAAUUACUAUAAAAUAUUGAGAAGUAUUAUAGGCCGUAAAAUAAGUAACUAUUUCAGGAUAAAUACAUUUAUCCAAAAGUACCGUUAAGAAAAUUGAGGGAAAGGAUAUUAAAAACUUUGCCUGAUUAGAUACUUUCAUAGAAUGUAAUACCUGAAAGAUCGAUAUCAUUUUAAUGA